AUGGUUUCGACCGACUCGGUAACACUGCCAACAACGCUUAGCAUCACGCUUGAGGUGCGUAUAUUGUAUUUCGAAGCCGCCAAGCGCCGCUCAACUCAACAAACUCAUCUCCUCGGUACGCCAAAACGUCUGUGGAAUCCCAUUCUCAUGUCGGGCCAAGUCACAGGACCAAACGGGACAAAGGAACCUGAGCCGCAACCGCGCGCCCAUGCUCCCGAACAGUGCCAGGGAUGCCAUGACUUGAUCUAUUGUCUCUACCCAGGAUGCCAUUCACAGGGAUUCCGACAAGGCACAGAUCUCGAAGAGCACUACAAAUCGGCGCACGCACAGUCCGCCUCCAUGUUGAGUGACACGUCUGCGGGGAUGUCUACGGCGCUGGAUCCAUUUGAUCGACUGGAGGUCUUUCUGGAGAGCUUGCAGAAGAGCGCCGGUAUAGAUGGAAAGACGGCCGACGAGGAGAGUACCGAGAGCACAGACUCUUUACAGAAACCCGUGAAGCGAACGAGUCAAGCUGGCUGGAGGUGGAGGUGUGCCAAAUGUUCGCAAAUUAUCGAUCUCGAUUAUUACGGCUAUGUCUGUCCGUUCUGCCGGCAGACCUGA